AUGUCACAGCUUCUCUUCUCAGGUCUUGAGCUUCUUGUAAAGAGAAGGGAACUUCUGCAAGAUUUCUGCAAAGUGUGGAAUCUACAAAUGGCAUGCUUCAUCGCAAGAGCCAACUGGUCUGUCUUCAAUGGUAAUUGUGAACAGAACAGAGAGUGUUUGAAGUGUGCUGGCGGAUCUAUGCAGGUUGUCACUGCUCUCGAGGCGCAGCAGCUUCUUGAGAUGGUACGAGCAUUGUCGGACGCUCUUGAACUCGCUGGCCCUGUGGUGCAUCUAGCAGACAUGGCGGUAACUAGCAAAGGUGACAAUCCUCUUUGCUGA